AUGCUGAGUUGGAAGUUGCCCAGGCAACUCAGUAUUAAUCAAGUGCCUCAAGUGUUUCGAGAGCAGGGCAUCCUGUUUGGGUAUCGGCAUCCAAGAAGUUCUGCAGCAGACUGUCUCCUCAGUGCCUUCCAGAUGACAAACGAAACACUAAAUAUAUGGACACACUUUUUGCCUGCCUGGUACUUCCUAUGGAAGUUGUUUGCCUUGGCCUAUUCGCUGGAUAUCUGGAACGACAUGUAUGCCUGGCCCUUUCUUGCCUACAUGCUCACGUGCUGUAUUUAUCCUUUCACAUCCAGCUGUGCCCACACAUUCAGUACGAUGUCCAUCCAGGCGAGACAUAUUUGUUAUUUCUUUGAUUAUGGUGCCCUUAGUAUGUACAGCUUAGGCUCUGCGAUUGCUUAUUCAACGUAUGUUUUCCCAGAAGAAUGGAUCAGUAGCACUUUCCAUCACUGUUAUGUACCCAUUGCUGUGCUUAACACGGUCAUUAGCACUGGUCUUUCCUGCUACUCCAGGCUUGGUGCUCCAUACCUCCAUUAUAACAGUGAUGUCAUAGAAAGGUUCCCCGAGAUACAGCAGCCCCGGCUCAGUAAAACUCUUCGCACGCUGGCUUUUGCAUAUCCGUACCUGUUUGACAGCACCCCUCUCUUCUACAGGCUAUAUCUGUGUACUGGGGAAAGCUGCAUGGAAAGCGUAAUCCCAGUCCACUACAGGCACUGUGUGUUUGCCUUCCUCACUUGUUUCAUUUUUGCUGCACAUUUGCCUGAGAGACUUGCACCGGGACGCUUUGACUAUAUUGGGCACAGCCACCAGCUUUUCCAUGUAUGUGGGAUCAUUGGCACACACUUCCAAAUGGAGGCCAUCUUUAUAGACAUGAACGCUCGCCGUGACUGGCUCUUAGCUUCCUCACCUCUUCUCUCUUUCUCUCAAACAGUUGGUUCAAUUGGUAUCUCCAUUAUCAUUAGCCUAACUAUCAUUGGGGCUUUCUCACUGGCUCUCUAUUCAACACCAAAGUCCUCUAGGACAGAAAAACUACAUCGGCAUUAA